GCAAGCUUGCAUUUUACCUCUUGUGAACCUUUUUUAAUGCUUAACAGGUAGCUUUCACUGAUUCUCUGUAAGGAACUCUUACUGGGAUGGAUAGUUGAUUAAAUAAGUAUAUUUUGAAAGAAAAAAGCCAGCUGCCAAGUGCUGCUUUUCGCUGCCAAAAUGAGCGAUGUUGUGGAGAAGACCCUGACAGCUCUGCCGAGCCUCCUGUCUUUAGACUCUCAGCCUGGAUCUGCAAAACUGUCCUCCACCUCAAAACUAGGAAACCUCAUCAGAGGGAUCACUGAGCUGACGUCCAAACAUGAGGAAGAAAAACUUAUUCAACGUGAACUAGCAGCUAUCAAAGAACAAGUGUCCUCCCCGAACACCUCCAUGAGGCAGAUGAAGGAACUCAUGGUGAGAGCCAUCUACUGUGAAAUGCUCGGCUACGAGGCUUCGUUCAGCUACAUUCAUGCCAUUAAACUGGCUCAACAAGGCACUGCUCUGGAGAAAAGAGUUGGUUAUCUGGCUGUGUCUUUGUUUCUGAACGAAAGUCAUGAGCUGCUUCUUCUCCUUGUGAACACUGUAUUAAAGGAUCUUCAGAGCACAAACCUUAUUGAAGUGUGCAUGGCUCUAACUGUCGUCAGCCAGAUGUUCCCCAAAGAUAUGAUUCCUGCAAUCCUUCCUCUGGUCGAGGAGAAACUUAAUCACCCAAAAGAAAUCAUUCGACGAAAAGCAGUCCUGGCACUGUAUAAAUUCUACCUAAUAGCACCGAAUCAAGUUCAACACAUCCACAACAAGUUCCGCAAAGCUCUGUGUGACAAGGAUCCUGGUGUCAUGACGGCUUCACUGCACAUCUACUUACAGAUGAUCCAGGAGAAUCCAGAAGGUUAUAAGGACCUUACAGCAAGUUUUGUCACCAUACUAAAGCAAGUGGUGGGGGGAAAACUGGCCAUGGAUUUUAACUAUCAUAGUGUUCCCGCUCCAUGGCUGCAAAUUCAGCUUCUCAGAAUACUGUCCUUACUUGGGAAAAAUGACCAGAGUACAAGUGAGAUCAUGUAUGAAGUCCUCAACGAGUCUUUGCGAAGAGCAGAGAUGAAUCAUAACAUUACGUAUGCUAUUUUAUACGAGUGUGUAAAAUGUAUUUACACCAUUAAUCCUAAAUCUGAACUUUUGGAAAAAGCAGCAAAGUGCAUUGGCAACUUUGUCCUGUCGCCGAAGAUUAAUCUCAAAUAUCUUGGCUUGAAGGCCCUCACCUACGUGGUCCAGCAGGAUCCUAAACUGGCCCUGCAGCAUCAGAUGACCAUCAUAGAGUGUCUGGAUCACCCCGACCUCAUCAUUAAGCGUGAGACACUGGAGUUGCUCUUUCGGAUCACUAAUGCCCAGAAUGUCACAGUCAUUGUCGAGAAGAUGCUGGAGUUUUUGCGCAUCAGUAAAGAUGACUACACUACCAUUGACCUGGUGGGGAAGGUGGCAGAACUGGCAGAAAAAUAUGCACCAGACAAUGAAUGGUUCAUUGAGACCAUGAACACAGUGUUUUCAAUAGGCGGAGACAUGAUGCAGCCUGACAUCCCUAACAGCUUCCUUAAACUGCUGUGUGAGGGAUUCGACAGUGAGGAGGAAGACAGGAAGUUGAGGCUGUUUGCUGUGGAUUCAUAUGUUUUUCUGCUGCAAGGAGAGCCUGGCAAACUGCCACAGCGUUUCCUCCAAGUCAUCAGCUGGGUCCUCGGUGAAUACUCCUAUUUGAGGGAGGAACUUGAACCGGCUACAGUCCUGAGGCUGCUUGCCAAAUUGUUGGACAUGAAGAACACCAGAAGCGAAACAAAGAGCUGGGUCCUCAUGGCAAUGGCCAAGCUCUGUCAGGGUGGGGCAGGCGUUUCUGCGGCUCAGGAGGUUUCUGAAACAUACAGCAGCUCCCUAGACACAGUACUGAGACAGAGGGCACAGGAGCUGCAGCACCUCAGCCAAGACUCUGAACUCCAAGCCAGGGUGCUACCUCGAGACGCUGACCUGGAACCCCUGGAGGUGGAUUCCUCUCUGUCAUUUCUGGAUGGAUUUGUAUCGGAGGCGCUGGCUGCUGGCGCUGCUCCAUACAAGCCACCCCAUCAACGGCAGGAGGAACUAGCUCAGGCAAAAGCGUUGAGCCUGGAGCCAUACGCCCUAUCCCUGCCCAUCAGCAUGUCGUCCUGCAGCAUUGCCGACAGACAGUCUCCUACACUGUUGUCCAUGAGCUCUGGUCUGUCAGGCGAUAGCACCGACGUCUUGCAUAAAGGAGGCUCCACCACUCUGAAGCUGGAUGGUGUGAAGAGGGUGUGGGGGAGGGACGGCUACCUGGCACAGAGAGAACCUGCGGAGGAGGCUGCCCAGGUUGAGGUUCCCAGUCCCUUCCGGUCACCCAGCCAGCAGAGAGAGGCUGAGAGUUCAGACAGCCAGACUCCCACUCCUAUACCAACCCCUGAGCCUGAACAAGAGAAACAGCAGCUGGCCUCUUCGUUGUUUGUCGGCCUGGGCUCCCAAAGCUCUGUGUGUCUGAUGGGAAAAUCUGAGCCAACACCUCAGCGAUUCAGAAGAAAAGCCAAAGGUCCGGGCUUGUCCUCUGGCGCCAGCGAGCAAAUAUCCAACUCCCUCGCCUCCUGUCCCAGCACAGUGGAUACCUUGCUGUGUAACAACCUCCUGGACUCCAGCAUCACCUCCGAGCUGGCCCUUCCUCCCUCCAAACAGACACCCCAGCUCUCUCAGGGCCUCACUACUGCAAAUGGCCCCUUUGAUAUAGACUUAACUGACAGUAACAUAAAGGGAAAUACCCCCCCUCUCAUUGGGGAUAAUGGUUUUGUCGUAGCUGCUGAUCAUGCUCCAUGUGAAGACCCAGAAACACCUAAAGACUUGUGUCUCAGUUCUCAUCUUCCUGCAGAGCUCUUUGGAUUGUCCCACUCAGAAAUCACUCCUCUGUGCUCCAACCAAAUCCUGGAUCUCUCAGCCUGUCAUGUGCUUAAAGAGGAUUCUUUAGCGUUUGUUGUUUUCAUUUACAACUCCUCUGACUCUGAUAUUCAACAGAUACUACUAGAGCUUGACUCAGAUGAGCUUGAGGUGUCCUGUGUGUGUGACAGUUCAGUGCAGGAGACGCGGAGCCACAGUCUAGCUGUGUGUCAGUAUUCCCUGACUGUGAAGAGGCCCUCAGUCCAUGUUGAAGUUGUUGGGAUGGUAUCUUACGAGUUGCCUGUUGGGACGCCUCAGUCAGUGCAGCUGUCAUACAAACUGCCUCUAACCAGCUUCAUCAGACCUUUGACUGUGUCAACAGAGGAGUACGGCACCAUGUGGCUGGCCUUCUCUCAUGAUACAAAGCAGAACCUGACGCUGAUAAGCGAUGGCCCAGAACCUCUCAAAGCCACUCUGAAUGUGCUGAAGAAGAAACUUCAGCUUCAUGUCGUGGAAAUCAUAGGUAAGGAAGGUAUUGUAGCUUGCCAGCUCCUCCAGGAUCUGCCAUGUCUGAUGCACUGUCAUCUGAAUGCGGGAACGUUGGCUGUGUGGCUGCGCUCCCCAGUCCCCGAUCUGCCUGACUGCCUGAUCUACCACUGCCAGAGAGCAUUACAGGAGCACACUGAGCAGCACUUGUCCGUCAACCACUGAAGAGGAAGGUACACAGAGCACUAUAGUGCAGAACAAGAACAUCUGAGGUUGAGCAUUCUCAUCUUUAUAUUACAGUGUUUACCAUUUGUUUAUCUUUUCCACUUUAAGUUAUGAAGUAGGAUUAGUUUUUUUGUCCACAGAUCAUUUAUUUUUAACAGUUAAGUGGGUUGAAUAAUUCACAGGAUUACAAUUGUUUGAAAGUCACGACUGGUAAUAACCUCAGGGCCAAAAGCAUUGCGUUCUUUACUUUCGGUUUAAUUAUGAAAACUUAAAAUGUCUUAAAAUGUUGACAGGGCUCCAUAAUCACUUGAACACUUCAGUCGUUGAAACAUUAUGAGGGAACUGAAUACUAUGUCUGAUAUUGUCUGUACAAGGAGAAAAUCAUGAAUUUCUACAGUAAUUUUUGCACCCCAGGUCUACGCGCUAAAUAAUGAGAGAGAGAGAGAGAGAGAAUAUGUCCUGUCUUCUUUUUGUCAUUAUUUUUAAAAAAUCAGCUACAUUUUCUAGGUUACAACAAUCAUGCCAGUGAAGCCAGUUCAGGUCUUAAAUCAGUCAAGGUUUCAAUUUCUCAUUUAGCAUCUUAAAGAAUUUCAUUCCUGUCAUUCCUGGUCAGUACAGAUUAAAAUGGAAAGAAUAACAAGAAACUAAUUCUUGCAGUGGAUUGGUUGAUGUUUUAGGUGUAUUUAUUAGGUGAGAGGCACAAGAAAGUACAAAACUAAUUGUUCAGUAUUUCUGGGAUGGACCUGGAGAAACCAUUAGAGGAGGAUUUAAAAUACUUUAAAACUAAUAUUAACAGAGAGCUGCUUUUCAAGAACCUGCUCGUCUUUACUGCUGAAAAAAAAAGCAUUAUUGCAGUUUGCAUCCCUGUUUGUCUAAAGGAUUUCAUUAUGCUGACACUAACCCCCGACUGCAGCCGUUAUACGUAUUUCUUACAUGUAUGAUGAGAGAAGUUUGUCUUAAAUGUAGCAAUGAAGAUUCCACUCUGCGAUUGUCCACAUUGUCCAUGUAUCAUUAUGAUGAGGAGCAUUUCGGUUUUCCCUCGUGUUUUGCAGAUGCUGCCUUCUGUGUGAUAUGAUUAUCUAUGCACUCAUGUUUCUGGUUUGUCAGUUUCGGGUAAGAGGUGGAUUUUAGUGUCUUUGAUUAUUAUAUUUUUGUAUCAAUGCAGUAUUAAAACAUAUUUAUUGGAGUUAUAUUCUUAUAGAAAAUAUUUUGUAUUGAUUUCUCUGAAAGAAAGUAAGAAAAAAAUCGUUGUUGUUCAUGUUACUGUUUGAUUGAGGUGUGCCAGAUCAUGUCUCUGCCUGUUUUAUUUAAUUCAGCCUGAAGGGAAAGUUUGUUCUUGUAUUUGCCUGCAUCCUGAUUUGAAGCCAACAAUGUGUCUAAAACUCAACUUUAACCCAACGCCUUAUGUUCUAAUGCCAAGGUGGCGUGUUUGAUUUGUGCCUGUGGUGCAGAGAAAAUUCUUGUUUAUUAGAGUGCCUGUCACUACAUUCUGCUAACUUAUGAAUAAAUUCAACACAUAUAAAUUCA